CCGCCAGUACCCGCCCUGCUUCCGCAUCGCGAUCUCGGUCGCACAGCGUCCCUCUGCACGUGGCGUCACUUGCUGCCGCUGUCCCUCUGGUCCCCGGACCCCGCGGCCCUCAGCCAUGGCACCCGGCCAGCUCGCCUUAUUUAGUGUCUCUGACAAAACCGGCCUUGUGGAAUUUGCCAGAAGCCUAACUUCUGUUGGUUUGAAUCUGAUCGCUUCUGGAGGGACUGCAAAAGUGCUCAGGGAUGCUGGUCUGGCCGUCAGAGAUGUCUCUGAGCUGACAGGAUUUCCUGAAAUGUUAGGGGGACGUGUGAAAACCCUACAUCCUGCAGUCCAUGCUGGAAUCUUGGCUCGUAAUAUCCCAGAAGAUAACGCUGACAUGGCCAGACUUGAUUUCAGUUUUGUAAGAGUUGUUGUCUGUAACCUGUAUCCCUUUAUGAAGACAGUGGCUUCUCCAGGUGUGACUGUUGAAGAGGCCGUUGAGCAAAUUGAUAUUGGGGGAGUAACCCUGCUGAGAGCAGCAGCUAAAAACCACGCACGAGUGACCGUAGUGUGUGAACCAGAGGACUACGCAGCCGUGUCCACAGAGAUGCAGAGCUCCGACAGUAAAGACACCUGCAUGGAGACUAGACGCCAGUUGGCCUUGAAGGCUUUCACUCAUACGGCACAAUAUGAUGAAGCGAUUUCAGACUACUUCAGGAAACAGUAUAGUAAAGGAAUGUCUCAGAUGCCCUUGAGAUAUGGAAUGAACCCCCAUCAAACUCCUGCCCAGUUAUACACGCUGAAACCUAAGCUUCCCCUCACAGGAAUCUUGGCUCGUAAUAUCCCAGAAGAUAACGCUGACAUGGCCAGACUUGAUUUCAGUUUUAUGGACCCGUCUUACACUCCAGAUGAGAAUGAAGUUCGAACUCUCUUUGGUCUUCGUUUAAGCCAGAAGAGAAAUAACGGUGUCAUCGAUAGAUCAUUAUUCAGCAAUGUUGUUACCAAGAAUAAAGAUUUGCCGGAAUCUGCGCUCAGAGACCUCAUUGUGGCCAGCGUUGCUGUCAAGUAUACUCAGUCCAACUCUGUGUGCUAUGCCAAGAACGGCCAGGUUAUUGGCAUUGGAGCAGGACAGCAGUCUCGGAUACACUGCACACGCCUUGCUGGGGAUAAGGCGAACUUUUGGUGGCUUAGGCAUCAUCCACGAGUUCUCGCAAUGAAGUUUAAAACCGGAGUGAAAAGAGCAGAAAUCUCCAAUGCCAUCGAUCAGUAUGUUACUGGAACCAUCGGCGAGGGUGAAGAUUUCAUAAAGUGGAAGGCACUGUUUGAGGAAGUCCCUGAAUUAUUAACUGAGGCAGAGAAGAAGGAAUGGGUUGACAAACUCACCGAAGUUUCUAUCAGCUCUGAUGCCUUCUUUCCUUUCAGGGAUAAUGUAGACAGAGCUAAAAGGAGCGGCGUGGCGUACAUUGCUGCCCCUUCCGGCUCUGCUGCCGACGCAGUUGUGAUCGAGGCCUGCGAUGAACUGGGAAUUAUCCUCGCUCAUACGAACCUUCGGCUCUUUCAUCACUGACUUCAUCACACAUCAUUCAAACGUUUGCUUAUUUGUAGGUGAAAUAUCAUCUGGGAAUUUCUGAAAAUCCUUUUCAAAGAAAUAAAACAUUAGAUCUUAGUAAGAAUCUUGAA